UUAACAUAUUAAAGGCCUUCAAGAUGGAAGAUCAACAAUCAGAAAACAUACCAAUCGACGAUGAGUGUGAUUCCCCGAUUGGAAUAAGUCUAUUGCAAAUCUGUUAUUUUAUUGCCUUGUUCGAUUUUGCUCAGUCAAUUUACUUUUUGGCUCAGUCCACCAGCCUAUUGGUAUUGAAUGUAAAUCUUUACACAAUGGUUGCCUUCGCGGGAUCGAUAUUUUGGAUUUUGAUGGUAAUUCUGCUUAUUGUGGGCCUCUGGAAGCGGCGUCUCCGAUUAAUAAUUUGCUGGUUGAUUUUUUCGAUAAUUGGAAUUAUCGUUGACAUAUUCUUUUUCGUCUGGACUAUUUCAAUUUCCGAGUAUGUCCAAUGGCCACAAAUAAUACAGUUUACUCUUCUAUAUCUCGGUAUAGUUGUUGAAUGGUUGUGCAUUUAUAUUGUCUACAGAUACUGUUUAAAUAUAGUUAUGCUAUCUACCGAUCGUGAAAAGCAGGAUCAACCCAACACUGAUCACCCGAUCGAACUGGCGCCUUCGAAUCAUCAAAAGGCAAGCUCUGCAAAUUCUAGAACUCAAAAGCCAAAAAAAAAACGUGCCAAGACAAUAAUAGUUAAAAAUUCAAGCAAUCGAAGUCGAGGUUUUGAAUUACUAAAACAUAAUGACAAAACUGAUGAGACAAAUUUCGAUACGCCGCAAACGCUGCGCGAUAGCUUAGAAAAAGAAUCUUAUAAGGAUAAACGGAUUAGACACUAAGUCUCAACAUAUAUUUUAUACACUGAACAAGUUCAUUAUAGCCAUAUUACAAAUGCAUGAAUUCCAACAUCUCUGCGCAAAAAGGCAAAUGCACGUAUAUAUGUACCUAUAUAAUGAUAAUAGAUUCCGAUUGGCAUUUACACACAAUGCAAAAA